UAACACUGUAAAUUUCAGUAAUAUGAUUUCCAUGAGGCUAAAUAAUUCCUAACCAGACAGAAGAAGAUCCCCUUUCCCCCCUUUGGUCUAUUUCCUAGGUCUGGCUGGAGCGGGCAGUGAGCAGUUACUGAGUGUGUCUUACGUGUCAGCACAGCCCUAGCAGUAGGUACCUGAGGAAGACACAGCCUCGGCCUGAAAGGAUUCCAGACUAGAAGGGAGAAUUCGAUAGCCAGACAUGAAUGAUGAAGUAAAAGCGUACUUCAGAAGUCUGUGGGCCCGGCCAGCCUGAGCCUGCUCGCCUUCAGAGUCUAUGCUGCACCAAAAAAGGACUUGGCUCAGAAAAACUCCAUGAAGAUCGAUGAGCUCUCACUCUACUCAGUUCCUGAGGGUCAGUCUAAAUACACGGAGGAGCCAAGGACUCAGCUUGAAGAAAGCAUCUCACAGCUCCGACAUCACUGCGAGCCAUAUACAAGUUGGUGCCAGGAAACGUAUUCCCAAACUAAACCCAAGAUGCAAAGUUUGGUUCAAUGGGGAUUAGACAGCUAUGAAUAUCUCCAGAAUGCUCCGCCUGGUUUUUUCCCAAGACUUGGUGUUAUUGGUUUUGCUGGCCUUGUUGGACUUGUUUUCACUAGAGGUUCAAAAAUAAAGAAGUUGGUGUAUCUGCCUGGUUUCAUGGGAUUAGCAGCCUCCAUCUAUUAUCCACAACAAGCUAUCACAUUCGUCCAGGUCAGUGGGGAGAAGUUGUAUGACUGGGGCUUACGAGGAUACAUAGUUGUAGAAGAUUUGUGGAAGGAGAACUUUCAGAAGUUGUGCGGCUCAGAUGUCCUAGUACCCUCUCCUGGAAGAACACUCCCUCCUCAGCAUUGGGUUGUUCUCAGCAUGGUCAAAUGUGUGGUGACCGUAAAACACAUCCCACUGUACCUAGUCACCAUUUCUCCUCUGUUCUGUUUAUAUUUGGCUCAAACUUUGCAAAUAAUCUGAACGAUUCUAACCUACGUUCCCAGGAAAAAAGACAUAACAAAAACCCCCUUGCUCUUUCACUUGUCAUAAGCUCUAUCUUUCUGUGGCAGUACUGUACCUGUCUGUGCCCCUGAGGAGGGCAGAACUGUAGGGCAUUAGGGACCAGGCCCCAGCCAUAGGCCACGCCCCCUGUGCCAGGAGGUGGGGUGUAGCAGAGGCAGGAGGGGAUGUAGAUGUAAGGAUGUGUCACCUUCCAUCCUCUUCUAGCAGCCACUGGGCUCCUGCUAAGUAAGAGCAAAUAUGGAAUAAGUAUUCACAGACAGCCAGCUAAAGCACAGUUAGGGUUCUCCUGUCAGCAUCCCUUCUUCAGCAGAGGCUGAAGGAAGUUCAUUUUGAGUCUAAUAAUUUCAAGUGAACAUAACUCAUUUAAACAUACAAAAUGGAGCCUGGCAUGGUGGUGCACACCUGUAAUCCCAGCACUUAGGAGACUAAGGCAGGAG